AACCGAGGGGCUCCGGGAGGCACCGGGGGACACCAGGGGAGGGACCGAGGGGGCACCGUGGAGGGAUGGGGCGGCGGGUGGCCGCGCUGUGGCUGUCCCUGUGGCUGUCCCUGUCCCUCUGCCCGUCCUCGGCGGGGCUGCGGCUCACGCUGCUGCACACCAACGACGUCCACGCGCGGGUGGAGGCGCGGGGCUGCGCGGGGGGCCCGCGGGGCUGCGCGGAGGGCGGCGUGGCGCGGCGGGCGGCGCGGGUGGCGGCCGAGCGGGCGGCGAGGGGAGGAGGAGGCGCGGUGCUGCUGCUGGACGCCGGGGACCAGUACCAGGGCACCGUGUGGUUCUCCCGCUACAAGGGCCGGGAGGCCGUCCACUUCAUGAACCUGCUGCGCUACGACGCCAUGGCUUUGGGCAACCACGAGUUUGAUGAAGGUGUGAGUGGAUUAUUGGAUCCUCUGCUUCGAAAUGCUAAUUUUACAAUCCUGAGCGCAAACAUUAAGGGAAACACCCCAUUAGGAAAUGAAAUGAUGAAAUAUGUUUAUCCUUAUAAAAUAAUACAUAUUGGCUCUGAAAAAAUAGGCAUCGUUGGCUAUACAACAAAGGAAACUUCAUUUCUUUCACAGCCAGGUAAUGACAUAAUCUUUGAAGAUGAAAUUGAAGCAUUACAAAUACAAGUGAACAAACUUACUGCGAUGGGAGUGAACAAAAUUAUUGCACUAGGACACUCUGGUUUUACUGUGGACAAAGAUAUCGCCCAAAAAGUGAAAGGAGUGGAUGUUGUAGUCGGAGGACAUACAAACACAUUUCUCUAUACAGGCACCCCACCCUCUACUGAACAGCCAGAAGGCCCGUAUCCAUUCAUGGUUGACUCAGACGAUGGGAGGAAGGUGCCAGUCGUACAAGCUUACGCUUACGGAAAAUAUCUCGGUUACUUAAAUGUGACAUUUGACGAGAAAGGAAAUGUGGUCGAAGCAGUUGGAAACCCUAUUCUUCUGGACAACAGUGUUCCCGAAGAUGAGCACAUUAAAGAAGAAGUGGAAAAAUGGAGGAAAAACCUGGGGAAUUACUCUCAGGAGAUUGGAAAAACUAGUGUUUACCUGAACGGUACGAGCGAAGCCUGUCGCUUCCAAGAAUGCAACAUGGGAAACCUGCUCUGUGAUGCUGUGCUUUAUGAGAACAUCAGACAUCCAGAUAGGAAGUCGUGGAACCAUGUUUCGAUGUGCAUCCUGAAUGGAGGUGGGAUACGGUCGUCCAUUGAUGAACAGAGAGCAAAUGGCAGCAUUACUAUGGAAGAUUUGCUCUCUGUUUUGCCAUUUGGAGGUCGUUUCGAUUUGGUAAAGCUGAAAGGCUCCACCCUGAAGGAAGCUUUUGAGCACAGCGUGCACAGGUACGGAAAAGGAACAGGAGAGCUGCUGCAGGUUGGAGGCAUCCAUGUAGUCUAUGAUCUCUCCAGAGACCCAGGAAACAGAGUUAUUAGCAUAGAAGUGCUCUGCACAGCCUGCAGAGUCCCAGCCUACGUCCCACUGCAGAUGGAUGAAAUAUACAACGUGACUCUUCCGUCCUACAUGCUCUUUGGUGGAGAUGGCUAUCGCAUGCUGAAAGAGAAACAUCUGGCAUACGAGAAAGGUGAACCUGAUGUAGAAGUUGUUUCCCGUUACCUUGACAGAAUGAAGAGAGUUUACCCAGCAGUUGAAGGUCGAAUAAAGUUUUCUUCAGGAAGUCUCGUCCAAGGAAGUUUUACCCUGAUUUCCAUACUGGUCACUGUAACGUUCUUGCAUACCUGAUUUUUGCUCACUGUUUACAUUUAGAGGAAGAUGGAAGGAUAGAAAUGGUGCUGAGGAAGGGAAAAGAACUGCUCUCUUUUCUCAAACCUUAAAAUGAAUGAAGGUUUUGGUUUCUGCAUGUAGUCAGUAAAUAGCACAAGUGAUUAUCUUCGAUCUGGCAGAGUCAAUGAAGUGAAUGAGUGGGCAGAAUUCACGGCUUACUUUGAAACAGCAGGUACAGACAAACGUGCAUAACCUGCAAUUCAGGUUGAGGUUACAAAAAGCAGAGUAUCAGUCCUCCAUCACAAAGCAACCACUAACCAAAAUGGGAUAUUCUUAAUUCGUCAAAUUAUUUUAGCUGUUUCAAUGAGUUGAUUAAGAAUCUGAUACCAAUAAUGUAAACAAGCUUCUAAAACCAGACGUAUUAUAGGUGUAUAUGCCUCCCGUUAAUCUCCACUCAGGGUAUAAGGUUUCAAACUAAUAAUUCCAGCUGCUUCCAGUUACCUUACCUACACCGAUGCCUGAAAGAGCUGGAUUAAACUCACUGUCAUGAAAAGCACUGAUCCAUUUCUGUGCAAUUCAAAGUUUUUGCAUUUUACUUUUUAAGACUGAGCAGCCCCUUUUGUAUUUCCCAUUAAUAAAGAGCACAAGAAAAGUUUGAUUUGAUUUUGAUAAAUGUUGACAAAACAAGUAUGUAAGUUCAGCAUUUAAUAUGGCCAGUUUGGGGACCGUAGCUAGAGUAAGAUGACAGUAUUUAAGAUUGUUUUACAUAAAGAUGCUCAAAUUUACACCUUAUUCCAAAGACCAAAGCACAGGACUCCUGAGCAUUACCCCGUAUCAGCAACGUUCACAGAGAAUGUCAGAUACCCACAUUGAUUCCUGCAGCACUACGGCGUCCUUUAAAAGCUGGCCAGUAAUGAGGCUUUUUACAGCAUAACCUGGCUUUAUCAUAAUUGAGAUCAUAAUUCAAAAGCCUAUUUCCUACAUGGGGAGGCUAAGCUUAAAAAAUACACAGUUGUAAGAGGCAGGCUAAUAAGCAUAAAGUCAGAAGUAGGAUGAAAUGCUAAGUCUACAUUUCUGACCUUUUAUCAAGGACUGAUUGCUUAUAAGUGACUAUUAAAAAAAUAGCAUUGUUUAAGAUAAUUUCCAUUCAGAAUUUUGGCAUCAACAGACCUCCCUAUUGUUUAUUGCUGUAUUAAAUCGAUGUGCAUAAUUUUGAAUAAAUCUACUUUGAUUGUCUGGAAAGCAAAUUACACUUUUUUCAAGAGUCAAGCUACUCACUUAAAUUCAGUGCACCUGUAGAUUACAUGGAGGAGUUGCAUAAUAUGAAGAUAAACUUCAGUAUGUUUAAAUUUCAAGACAUCAUUAGUUUGCACAUAAAUUCAAGGGUUGUGCAUGAAAAGAUAUGGACUACACAGUUGCAUUAAAUAAGCUGCGCUAGAACAGGGAGACAAAUAGCAGCUGACCUUGACACAGCACCAGUUCUAAUGUGGCACUGAUGAUUUGUCAAAUCUAGCUCCUAAAGUUAUCAAUUUACAGAAUGGUCUUCCCUAAAUCAGCUUAAAACCAGUAACAGAGACUACAUUUAUAGACUGAGCUGUACCUGCACUUUUUUUUUUUUUUUUUUAAAAAAGUAAAACAAAAAGUUACAACUCCUCCUUCGGUAUACCCAGAAGGAAAUAACACCUCUACCUUUCAGCAAAUAGAAUGAAAAAGUGUACAAAAGCAGUAUAGACAGUUCAUGCACAUUGUAUAGACAAAGAACACUAAUACUGCAUUAGAUAAGUUUGGCUUGUUUGAAAAAAAAAAAUAGGGAGUGUCUGAAAAGAAGAAUCUCAAGGAAUGUCUAUUAACAUAUUUCCGUGGUGUUCUGUGAGCAAGGCUUCUUAAAAAUCUACAUGUAAGUACUUUUUAAAGUGUCUUUUAUAAAGGCUGAGCCGGCCAAUUAAGGUUUACAGGAAAUAUCUUCCACACGUUUUUGUGCUAAUAAAGGUUUAGAAAACACUAA